AUGUCAAAGCAAGGGGAAAUCGUAGAGAUGAGAUAUCAAAAAGUUAUCAGAGUUGCAACUGAAUCGAGAGUGGGGCAGAUAAUUUUGAACUUUUGGAACAGUUGGGUUAGCUAUUAUACUUCUAAAACUUUGAGAAUCUCAAAAAACCUUCUGUGGACCUUGACAAGUGUAAGUGCUAUUUUACUACUCCCUCUGACGAUCGAGACAAUAUUAGAAACUGAUAGACAAAUGCAAAAUUUGUCUUCUCAACUUGAUACUGCAGGUCAGGCUAGUUUCCGCCCUUACUAA